GAACUUGAUAUAUAGCCAAAGCUGGCCUUGAACUCUUGCCCUCUGUCUCUGCUUCCCGAUUUAUAAGGCUUUUCAUGAUUUUUGCAAUCUCUCCUUGGACGGGAAGGAUUUGGAAACUCGUUUUUAGAACAAAAAUAGAGAUGAUGGCUGGUGUUGCUUUUGAAAUGCAGCUCAGUGGGCUUUAUUAAAACUGAGGAGAAAAUGGACAUCGUGUCUGAAAAGCCGAAAGCCGGGGUGUAUUCUUGGAACAAGACCGAGAAAAGCGAUUUUGAAGCCGUGGAAGCGCUCAUGUCUAUGAGCUGUGACUGGAAAUCUGGCUUCAGGAAACACCUUGAGAACAGGCCGGUCACUCCCGUGUCUGACACCUCCGAGGAGGAGAGCUUGCUUCCAGGGACACCCGACCUGCACACAAUCCCGGCGUUUUGUCUGACUCCGCCUUACAGCCCCUCUGACUUCGACCACUCUCAGGUGUCAACUGGGAUGGCCCCGGCGCCAUCUACCGGCCACUUCAAACCAUUCUCCGAUAUUACCAAGGCUCCCGUCAAAGAGGAGGACAAGGGCCCUAUAGCUGCCCCUCCCCUCCCUAAGGCUCAAGCAACUAGUGUCAUCCGCCACACGGCUGACGCCCAGCUGUGUAACCACCGAUCCUGCCCUGUGAAAGCAGCUAGCGUCCUCAACUCUCAGGACAAUUCUUUCCCAAGAAGGACCCACCUGAGCCCCGUAUGACCUUGCCUUGCCUUCCUCAGAGACGGUCGUCUGCAGGUCUCAGCCAGCUCCCGUGUCCCCGUUGCAGAAGUCAGUAUUGGUCUCUUCGCCUACAGUACCCCCUGGGGGGAUGCCGCCUGUGCCCGUCAUCUGCCAGAUGGUCCCCCUUCCUGCAAACAACUCCCUUGUGACCACAGUUGUCCCCACCACUCCACCCAGCCAGCCGCCAGCUGUCUGCCCACCAGUGUUGUUCAUGGGCACUCAGGUGCCCAAGGGCACCGUGAUGUUCGUUGUGCCCCAGCCCGUCGUGCAGAGCCCCAAACCUCUGGUGGUAAGCCCCAACGGCACCAGACUGUCCCCCAUCGCCCCCGCGCCCGGAUUCCCUCCUUCGGCAGCAAGAGUCACUCCCCAGAGUGAUUCAUCCAGAGUGAGGAGUCACGUCUGUAGCCACCCGGGAUGUGGCAAGACUUACUUUAAAAGUUCUCACCUGAAGGCCCACGUGAGAACGCACACAGGAGAAAAGCCCUUCAGCUGUAGCUGGAAAGGCUGUGAAAGGAGGUUUGCUCGUUCUGACGAACUGUCCAGGCACCGGCGAACCCACACAGGCGAGAAGAAAUUUGCCUGUCCUAUGUGCGACCGUCGGUUUAUGAGGAGCGACCAUUUGACCAAGCACGCCCGGCGCCACCUGUCAGCCAAGAAGCUCCCAAACUGGCAAAUGGAAGUGAGCAAGUUAAAUGCUCUAUCACCAGCCCCGGCUUCUGCACAAUGACUGACGGGCCACGGAUGAGGAAGAGUCAGAACUAACUUUGGUCAGUCAGGAGCCAGCGGUGGUGUCACAAAUGCUUCUGCAGCUCUGUGGCCCUCCCCUGGGCCUACUGCAGAAGCCCCGGGCUGAGGGGAAGGCCAGCCUGGGUUAGAUGACAAGUGCUUCAGCCACAGGCAGGUCACAGAAGGGCAGGUUUCGUUUCUUUCCACGUAAAGAGAUGAGGAAGCUUUUCUUCCUUGGAUGGUUGUGAAGGUUUGAGGUGAGGUCAGCACAGACUUGCAGUCAUGUCCACACUGGGUACUUUGUUUCUGCUGUUUAUACUUGAGGUCAGCUCCGCGCUGUGAUUCUGUUAAAGAAUUGGUUCCGAGGAUCUAGAGGCUGGAAAUUCCGGUACAGACAGAGACGGAUGGAGCCAAAAAGUGGGUUUGUGUUCCGCAGGGAUGCCAUCUUCUCCAUGAGUUAUCUUGUUUGUUACUCCUCAUCUUCCCAGUCAGCUGUGGAUGUAGUUAUUAAGUCUAUCUACAAGUAUCAUUUUCCACUAUUGUUGGUAUUUUACAGUUGAACAGCCGUACAUUGUUAAGGGGGUGCCAAAAGAACUGGAACCCUCAUUAAUUUAAUUGCUUGGAAGUGCAGCUAAAAAAAAGGGGGGGUGUUGUUUUUUGUUUUGGUUUUCUUUUUUCUUUUUUCUUUUUUUUUUUGCAUUUUUGUUUUGAAAGUUUUAACAACAACAUUUAGGCAUUUCACUCUAAUUUAGAUUUAGUUUGCCUGCAGUUUCUUGUGUAGAUUUGAAAAUUAUAUGCCAAUGUGUUUUCUGUAGACUUAAGAUAUUCUGCACUUUGUUUAGGGAAAAAUCUGAAGGUGAAAAUAUGUAUUGUAAAGGGGUGAUAUCAGAAAUUUGAGAUAACUCCUUGAGAAAGAUGGCUUUCUGUCAUCGGUAAAGGAUGCUCAUGUCAAAGACACACUGUAGGAAGUUAAUGACCAUGACAGACAGCAGCUUCCUCUCUAUUUAUAGGAGUUUUUCAGGGUGUGGGGAUAGGUAGAAAAUUGUUACUAGGACAUUCACUUCCAACUUGAAAACAGCGUUCACGACGCAGUUAUGUGCUUCACAGGGUUUGAGCACCCUCAAAACUCGAGUCCAGGGCCUUGUGUGUGUCCUGCAGGCCCUCUGCCACCAGCCUAGAACAAUGACUUUGGCUAACAGUAUUUCUGUUCUGUUGUAAAGUGGAUAAUACACUCGGUAGUAAAGGUAAAUUGUUCAAAAUAUAUAGUGAAAAACUGUCACUAUACCACCCCAUUUAAACUGUUUCUUCUGUACCUUGGGUGUAGGUUUCUGACAGGCAAACCUGAACCCUUGAAAAAGGUUUUUUUCUUAAAAAAAAUUAUAAAGAAUCAUGAGUUCCAAUUUGCACAAUAUUUUUUGUUGUACUUUAUACCUUGUUUACAAUAAAGAAUUUCCUUUGUUAUACAC